UGGCCUCCCCAGGGCUCCCCGUACUUGCAGUGUGGCAGGCAUGGCCCUCAAGGUUCUGUGGGGUCCAGCACUGGGGCGGCACGUGUAGGCACAGCUGGCACUGCCUCUGCCCCGGUGCGUGGAGCGGGGGUCCCCACACAGCCCUGGGGCCAAUGGGGGCAGCCAAGGAGGAGUGGGUGGUGGGGCAGGCAGCUGUGCUGGGGGCUGGAACACGCUGGGGAGGCUUUUAGCCAGGUUGUGCUGGGAAUUGCUUGUCGCCAUGAAAGACUUCACCGAAAUCACGCUUUGCCCCGAGGCUCUGGACCACAGCAAGACCGAGUUCUGCAACCCCGUCUUCGAGGGUGAAGAGCCCCAGGCAGCACCAAGCACCGAGCACACACCAGAUGAGGCUAGGACCAGCCCCGCGACCCCUUGGGAUGGCCUCGGCCAGCAGCUCUGGGGCCAGGCAGGCUGGCAGUACCGCGCCGACUGCAAGUUCACCUGGCUCUGUGUGGCUCUGAUGAGCGCCGUCCUCCUCUUCCUCAUCGCCCUCCUGAUGGGCAUUGUCAUCCACCAGUUGAUGUCCCUGCAGCCACCCGGCACCCCAGCCACAGCCCUGCCCGCCCGUGGCACUGACACCACCCGAAGGGACCCACCAGCACCCAAAACAGCUGCCACCCCAACCCAGAGCUGGCUGCCCACAGCCGGCACAGCAGCACCAGCUUGUGGCGGGACUCUGCAUGGCCCCGAGGGCUCCUUCAGCUCUCCCAACUACCCCGGCUCCUACCCGCCCGACACACUCUGCAUCUGGCACAUCGAAGUGGGCUCUGGCCUCACCAUCCAGCUGAAGAUGGAGACAUUCAGCGUGGAGGGCACUGCCUCCUGCCUCUUCGACCGUGUGGAGCUCUAUGAAGAGCAGGGGGUUGGUGGGGUGGAUCCUGCCCCAGCUCGGGGCAGCCCAACCAGGUUUUGCGGCAACGUGGCCCCCCCAACCUUCAACACCAACUCCAACCACCUGCGUGUCACCUUCGUUUCUGACAGCAGUGUGGGUGCUCAGGGCUUCAGUGCCCACUACCGUGCCGUGGACCCCAGUGAGAAGAGCUGUGCCUGGGAUGAGCACUUCUGUGACCAGGGGCUCUGCCUCCACCUGGGCUUCAUCUGUGAUGGCUUCCACGACUGCACGGACAAGAGCGACGAGGCCAACUGCAGCCUGAAACACAAAGAGUGCGGGGGGGUGCUGACUGCCUUGGAGGGGCACUUCUCCACCCCGAGCCAUCCCCAGCCAUACCCGCACCAGCAGCUGUGCCUCUGGCAGAUCUCAGUGCCCAUGGGCCAUGUCAUCGACCUGCACUUCCACAACUUCAGCCUGGAGUCACAUGAGGACUGCAGCUUCGACUUCGUGGAGGUGCACGACAGCGCAGGCACAGGGGCCGCCAGCCUCAUGGGCAGGUUCUGCGGCCACCAGCUGCCACCCACCCUGACCUCUUCACGCCAUGUCAUGACCAUCCUUUUCGUGGCAGACGAGGGAGUAGCAGACGAUGGGUUCUUCGCCACCUACCAAGCCCACAAUGCCACAGAGAAGACCUGCAGCCCCACAGAAUUCUCCUGCGCAAAUGGUGAGUGCCGGGUGCUGGAGUCUGUGUGUGACGGCUGGCACGACUGCCCUGACGGCACCGACGAGCUGAACUGCACUGGAAUCUCCUAUCCAGCCUUCAGGUCUGUCUGUGAGCCCGUGGAAGUGGAGAUGUGCCUGGGGCUGGGCUACAAUGCCACCUCUUUCCCCAACAUCUGGCUGGCCAUCCCAGACCAGGAGGGAGCCUCUGAAGUGCUGCAGGACUACCAGAUGCUGAUGGAGCUCACCUGCUACCAGCACCUCCGCCUCCUUAUCUGCAGCCUCUUCGUGCCCAAGUGUGUCCCAGACGGGGGUGUCCUGCAGCCCUGCCAAGCUGUGUGCUUGGCUGCUGAGCUGCAGUGCCAGCAGUCCCUUGGCCUCCUCGGCAUUCUCUGGCCCAUCAACUGCAAUAUCCUGCCUGACUCAAAUGACCCCAUAGAGUGCUUCCAGCCCUGACCCAGCAAGAGAAGAGGAGCAGAGUCUGAAGCAGCCUGCCCAGAGCUGCUCCCCCACCCCAAAUGUCCCUCUCAUCCUCCUCCUGUUGCAAAUGCCCAGCUGCUGUGGUGGCCCCCAUCAGCAGCACCCCAUUGCCUGGCUCCUCACCUGCCCUGAGGUCAGCCCCUCUGCUCAGUGCUCAGCUCAGUGCUUGCAUGCCAUACGCUUGCCUACAGGACCAAGUCCCUACAGAGCAGGUGCCCCUUCUCAUCCUUGCUACAAGGAAAGGCUUGUGCUGGAGGAGUUGUGCCCACAGGUUGGAGCUGUGCUGGGGACACUGUGCAAAGUCCCCCUGCCGAGCAGCAAGACAGUGGCAAGAGGGUCGGGCGCUACCUCCCCAUCCUCAGCCAAUCCCAGGUAUGUUGACCAGAGCUAUGCAUGGUUCCCAGCCCACUUCUCCCUUUCAGCCUCUCCAGACUGUGCACAACCUCUUUCCCACAGCCCUCGGGCAGCUACUAGCCUAGCAGGGGAAGAGUUAAUGCUCCCCAAAUGGAGCAAGGUUGCAUUGAGGUGAGCCAGGCUGCAGGCAGAAGAGCCCAGGGCUGCCCA